GUUUUUGUUUGAACCAAACGUUUGCCACAAAUAAGAGACAAAUCACUGAAAAAAUGCUUUAUUUUAAUAUUUAAUUCACAAUUAAAUAACCAAAUGAUUGGCAAAUGAAUGAGUGUUUAGUGUGAAGAAGUGUUUGGGAAGCGAUGCCAAUGACAGACAAUGUGUGGUAUUUCGGCAAUUUGUUGGCCGUAUUGUUGCGCUGGACUUGCGGUCAGUUCCCGCACUCGGGAGCGGCCACUCCUCCCAUGUUUGGCGACUACGAGGCCCAAAGACAUUGGAUGGAAGUGACCGUCAAUCUGCAGCCCAACCACUGGUACACCAAUACCACCGACAAUGACCUCCUCUACUGGGGCUUAGAUUAUCCGCCACUCACUGCAUAUCACAGCUAUUUUAACGGCAAAAUCGCUCAAUAUCUGAAUCCUUUGUGGACACAAUUGCAUACAUCCAGAGGUUUUGAAAGCUAUUAUCAUAAGCUCUUCAUGAGAUCGUCAGUCUUAUUUGUGGAUCUAUUGAUAUAUUUCUCUUCGAUAUACAAUUAUUGGUCCAUUUGUUUGAAACCUGAUUUUAAACCACGAGAUAAAGCGGUUAAUUGUGUGAUAAGUCUUAUAAAUCCGGCGCUUAUUCUUAUAGAUUACGGACACUUCCAGUUGAGUACUACUUAA